AUGCUGCCAACGUGUAGAAAGAACACUCUAUUUAACCUGGAAUGGCUGGAGUCGCAAGGCCUGGAGUUAUCGAAAGAAGAGGCGCUUCCAGUCGAUGCGUACACUCAAAAGGAAAGAUGGAAGUCAGUUAAGCCACCAACGAGGGCUAAAUCCCAUGACGAUCCAUUACUUCGGUUUCUACAAUACGAUGGGAAAGUUUUAACAUUCAACGUCGUCUGGGAUGAUCGUGAUUCCGCAUUUGGUGAACUCAAGAAUUAUAAAAUGUUAUACUUCCUUCAGGAUGAUCGUAUUGCAUUCAAGGAAAUCCACGACGGAAAAGGAGGCAAAGACCCAUUUCCAUUGCUGCUCAAGAAGAUUAAGCUACCAAAGAAAUGGAAAGAAAAACCCGUUUCUUUCCCGUCAUGUGUCUUGGAGACUACUGAAGAAGAAAUAAGUGCUGAGUAUUACUCACCAAAGGAUCUGAUUGUUGGCCAGACUAUUUAUGCGCUUGGACGGAGGAUGCUCAUCUGCGAUUGCGAUUCCUUCACUCGAAAUUAUUACAAGUCAAUGCUGAACAUUCAACAGCCUCCGCCCGUCGAAGUUCACCAUGAGACGAAGAAAGAGUUUCCCAAGAGUAUUCCACCACACAUUGGCAUUGGAUCUCCGGAGGAUACUUUAGGUUCCUGUUUCGGUCUCAUACCGAAACCUCCGCACAAAGACGUAAUCAAAUACAACCUGAAUGCUAAUAAGAAUUUACGUUACUUAUGCGAACUGGACUGGAUCCAUCCUGAGGAUAAAGGCAGGCAGUUUGUAUUGUCGUACAGUCUCGCUGACGGCUCUAUCAAGAUUGGUGAAAUCCCGCGCAGGAAUUCUGGUAUCACCGGCAGAAAGUUUCUUAAAGCUAUGAAAUUGCAAACGCCAGAAUCCGAUCCCAAUUUCCCCACAUACUACACUCCGGAUAGAUUCUAUAUCGGUGGAAUAGUGAUAGUAUUCAAGCAUCGUUUCAAGAUCAUUGGUUGUGACCUGUUCGUUUAUCGGUACAUGACUGCAAACCCUGAAAAGUUCCCACAGGAGGUCAUCGAUAAUGUUCGCAAUUAUCACAUGCGAGAGGGCAAUUUGAAGGCUGACUUAGAGUCGGCUGUCCAAGAAGAGCAAGCCGAGGAGGUUCGUGCACAAUUGGCUAAGAUAGGCUCAGCGGCUGUCGCCGAACCGAGUGCCAUGGAAAGGUGCCUCACCGCUCUAAGUGUGGUAGAAGGCAGUACCUCCCCGCCGCGCCCUCCCACUCCACCUAUGACCACAGACGUUCUUUCUUACGAUGACACACUGCGGGUCUCUCGAGCCAGCAAACCAACUUGUGACAACAUCAUCCCGCUGAAGGGUAUUCUGAAAUCGGGUGCUGCCAGGGAUGACCACCAAAAAGUGGUAUGCUUCAGUGGUCCUGCAGCAGACGAACACCGUGAGCUAACUAAGCCCAAAAUAUCAUAUCCUCCUGGACAGCAGCCGCACUACGAUGACGACCCAGACUUCUGCGCACAACUUAAGGAUGAGGAGGACAUAGCACGCGCAGGUCGCCGCGCCCGCGAUGAGUGCGCUUUCGAAGUUAUCCCAGGAGCCCAACAGGUUACACCUGUUGGCGAAGAAAAAGUUGAAAAUAAGCUGCCUGGUUAUCUCGGCACUUUUGACGUGGACUGUAAAGAGAUUCCAGACUACAUGCGGAUGCCUCCCGACGCCUUCGAACGCGUGAAGAACUUACGUCGUGAAGUUCCCGAAAUAUCACCAGCGGCGGUUCGUGUAGCUGACUAUCCUCACCUUCCGCCGCCUCCUCUCGGCGAAUGCGUUAAUCCUCCACCCGAAGCAACUGGGCCUUGUGCGCCAAAGAAAGAGGAAGAUGUGUCCUUUGCUUGUCCUCAUGUAGAACCGCAAAAACCUUGCUGCGAUCCUUUUCAACGAGACACAGAACCGAGUCCUUGUUGA